AUGGUGGAUUACGACGACAUCACGCACACUUUACUGAUAGAGAAAAUAAAAAUACAGUACGACUCGAAUAGCCAGUGGAACAAGUUUUUUAAAUAUAGCUUGAGGAACCCGCACUCAUUUGUCUACCCCGAGAGAACACACUUCGCUGAGAAUGCCGACUUCGACUAUUUCAGUAGCGCCCUCCAGACGAAGGGGUACAAACUGAACAACGUGAGCCUUCUUAAUGUCAGCUGUAUGGAGGAGACUGACGGGGAGAGGUACCUACUGGAAGUGGAAAAACAAGAAGAGAAAAACCUUGGGAAGGAUGAAGAUUUAUUGAACAGAAAAAUUGUGAGCCUCUUCAAAGAGUGCAUGUACUACUUCAUGAGCUUCAACGAUAAGGAUGGACAAAUAUUAGACAAGCCCUCCAGGCAUUUGCACAAGAAAGAUAUAAAAGAUAGUAGUGAGUACGAACUAUUCAAAAGUCUAAGUGAUUGUAUUGUACAACUGCACGACUCCAAAGUUCUGAUGCACCAAGCCCUCAUCAUGACGAGUGAUUUUUGUGGGCUGUUCACUCCAACAUAUGUAAAAUUAACAAAAUAUUCAGAUGGAUUUUUAAAUUUCUUGAAAGAAAAUAAUAUAAAAUACAUGGACCUGUUUUACGAGGAAAUGCAAAGAAAUGAAUUUUACAAGAAGAAAAAGGAGCAUUAUGAUUAUCUGAAGAAUACCUCUUUCGUCCCGCUUACGAAGGGUGAAAUUUCCCUCGCUAAUAAGAAAAAGAAACCAGAAAAGGUGUUACCCAUCAGCGGAGCGGAGAUUUUCGGGAAAAACGACUACCACGAGGAUACUUUACAGGGACAAUCUCCAGAUGAGGGUAACGCACAAGGUGGUGGAGAUGCCUCCCCCCGUGGUGCCAUAUUGAUGAAGGAGGACCAGGCGAACAUGAAGAAAACGAACAAGAGAAAAAUAAGGGAAACUACAGAUGAGGAGAGGACUAGCUCAUGCAUAUACAUGGGUUCGGUGGUGAAGGGAGAGGAGGAGUACGACCUUACAUCCAAUCAGCUCAGAAGCAACGGAGACAGCCAAAAGAAGAAAAAGAAAAAAAGGAAAGAAGAAGACAGAAAAAAAAAAAAAGUUAAAAAGAAGAAAAAAAUGGAUAUCGAGCAAGGAACCACCGCGGCAGAAGAACAACAACUGGAGUUGGUACUGUACGAUAAUGGAGACAUCUGCAAUUAUCUGAAUAUAAGUAAUGAAGACAGGGAAUUAAGUCGAGUCGGACAAACCGAUAAAUUUAACACAGGAGAAAAUCAAAACGAAAGCAAAAACGAUUAUAAAAAUAAUUAUAAGUGUGAAAAUCAAAGGAAGAGCCCCAAUCAUCACGAUAUUAAGAAGAAUGCCAAAAUUUUCCACAUGCUGAAUAAAAAAGUGGCAUCCGAUGAAUAUAUUUACAACGAAAUAAAAGGAGACUUCAUGAAGGAAAUAAAUCUUCCGAAUAAUUAUAACUACGAUGUGAAUGCAGUUGAAAUAUGCAAGAACGACGUGAAGAAUUUCUACCGUUGUGUACUCAGACACAUAAGUAAAAAAAAAGAAAAAUUAAAAAUUUACUACAUAAUAAGUAACUUUUUAUUUUUUUUUUCAAAAAUGUAUAAAAAUACCAUAAGCUUUCAUGACAACGUACAUAAAGACAUCAAUCGGAAUUUCGACUACAAGAGUCUCGUCAUACAGGGAAAUAUGUUGCCACACAAUUUCUUCCUACUCAUAAAGGCACUGCACUUGAUGAGUCUCCAUGAUCUUAUCAAAAAUUUCUACCUCUCUGUAGAGUACGACGAAAGGAAGAAUAAAUGUCUGCACUUUUUAAACAUAACGGAAAAUAAAUUUUAUGAAAAUUUUAAAAAAUUCGAAAAUAAUAUCAAAGCUAAUUUUUUCCAUGUGUAUAAAUUCCUACACAACAUGAUACCUAUACAUAAAUUUCUCAUAGCUAAGGGCAAGGUAUAUAUUAAUUCUGAAAAAACCACCUUCUCCUUUAAAAAUAAUGAGCUUCUGCAACUGACUUAUAAUAAUCCAACGUACGACAAUAAGGGUGCCCUUGUUGUAUACGAGGAGAACAAUGACGAUGAGGGAAGGGCUAGUCAAUGGGGUGAAGUUACAAACAAGGAAGAUUCUCUUCAUAAUAGCAGUGGUAUAAGCAACCCGCACAAUGCGUUCCACUAUUUCUUGUAUGACUCAACGAACACACUGAGUAUGAACAGAAGAUCUACAAACGUGAAAAAUGUUUACACUAUUAUUGACGACAAGGAAAUGCAUAAAGUGUUGAAUGAGUUGGCAGAUCUGAAUGAUAAUUACACAAAAAAUUUAAUUAAAGAAAAGAGACUUCUCUUCAUUUUGGAUUCCUAUGAAAAGAACAGCCUUUUCCAAAAUGUACUAUUCAGCGCACCCUUUUUCGACACGUACAUUUCGCUAAUUUUCAUCUUUUACAUAAAUAGCUAUGUUAAAAAAUAUGAACCGUUCAUACACAUCCCUCUGUUCAAGCCUUCCUACUUGAAUAUGCUCGCGGGGUUCAUCAAAAGGAAGAAGCGCGAAGUCGAAAUGAAGGAACGGAGAGCCCAGGGUACACAACACACCGUAGACAGGAUGUGUAACAACUUCUUCAGGAGUUCCCUGAACAGUAUACUCAGCAACAGGGACGAGGAGAUAAUUGUGGUGGAUGGAACACCUAUGGUGGGGGAAGCAUCUACAGGGGAAGCAACAGUUGUUCUUCAAAAAGAUGUGUCGAAUGUUGGAGUGUCCUCCCCCACAGAGACGCCCCUCAACAAGCAGGAGCUCUCCGUCGAGGAGGAUCGCCUGUACACCGCGCAGAUCAAUGAGAACAACAUUAUCGUGAACGAGCGCAUGGGAAGGAAAAACGAACGGAUCGAUGUCCUUACGUGCAUAUUUGUCUUGAUCAAUGCCAACCACAAUGCCCCCACGGAGGAGGAAAAAAAGAUCCGAGAAAUAACUUUGCAUGUACUGAAGGCCAAAGAAAUGGAUUAUGCAAACCAAAAAACCAAGUACGCCUUUAAAUACAGAAACAAAAUUAGCGAUGCCAUAACUCUGAGCGAAAUAGAAAUCCGUAAAGGAGAAUUUUCAAAAAUUUUCAUUUUUGGAAUUGUCUUAAGUAACGAUAUAUCUGGGUCCACAUUACAGGAGGAUAUUCAUUGUUUGUAUAGCUUGCAAAGCACUCUUCGGUGCAAGUAUCCCACCCGCAAGUUUGAACUGCAGGCCCAAGUUUUUACAUUUUAUUGGGUGUACGAGGUGCACGUAUAUGGGUCCAUUUUUCUUAACGGAAGACAACAGGCCCAUGCACUCUCCAUAGUGGGCCAGAACUACCUACUUCCCUACCAAGUUCAGUGGAAGAGUCACCCCCUGUGGGGCUACUACCUGUACAUCAUCCAAGACAACAUCGAUAGCAAAUACUCGCAGCACAGCAUCUGCACCCUGCGGAACGACCACGGCAUAAACGUGCGCCUCUGCAGUGAAGAGUUCGAUGUACAAAUUAUAGAAACGGAUAUCAAAGAAGUGCUUCACAUGCACAAUUUAGAAUUAGAAGAUCUCAAAUAUAUCAAUAGAAAUAUAUUUCUUAAUAUUAUUUUUCUGAUAGAAAAUGGACACCUCACAUAUUUUAAUUUCCACAACACAGAAAACAUACAAAUAAACCAGAAGAACAAUUAUCUCUGCAUAAAACUUUUUAAGUCCAAAGUAACUUUCCCCUCCUUCAAAUUGAACACCCCCCUUCUCAACGACUCCUGGCUAUCCGAUGUGCUUGAGAGCGAGCACCCCCUCCCCUUUGAUUCCUACUUCUACAAAUUUUGA